GUACAAAAGGUGUGGCCACACCUGGGGACUUCCGGGUACGCUGGUGGCAGUCCUAGUUUUGCCCGAAAAACGUAAAUUUGAUUUGAACAACUUACGGAUUGAAUCUGUUUUGGGUACAGAAGAGAACACACUAAAGGCAAUUCUGCACAGGUGGGUACGGGUUACGUUGUACAUUCGUCUUUAAUACAGUAUGCAACACUCAGCCUACGUAUAAAAUGUCGAAAGCCAAGGGUGUGUCGUCAUGACAAAAAUAAACAUGGAGCAGACAAACGGCAGACUGUCAGCAGUGGUGGCGGAGUUUCAGGAACUUGACCUGCUCUUCGCCAGCGGUUCUGAUCUGGAUGUUGUGGAGAAGGGAUACGCACGGAAGCUGAUCCACGCCAUCAGUACGGGGAAUAAAGUCCUGAAGUGUGAGGCGUUAAAAAGCCUGGGAGAUUUGUACCUGCAUAAGGCGAAGAUGAAGGGGCAAAAGGCGAGGAACUUCCACAGGUCCUGUGCCUUGUACGAAGAACUCUUAACAAGUUGUAGAAGCGAAGAAGAGAAGCAAGUUAUGCAGCACCGCAUCAGAUAUGCAGAGAAAUGCACGAGACUGGCUCACAGGCACAAGUGCACUGAACCGGAAAACAAGGUUUCAGCCAGUGUCGCAUUAGGCUUAGCCGUGUCGGCGAAGCUUCAGGAAGUGAAAGAAAAGACUCAGAUGAAAGGUGUGGCGCCACUGAUCGAAGCUUAUACAAACUUAUUCGUGCAAGCAAUUAUGGAUGGACAUGUAUGUCUGGAAACGGAGUCUUUGAAAACACUUGGAGACCUGUACCUUGAGAAGGGAAGGGUUGGCAGGGACGAGGCAGCGUUCACCACAGCAGCUGGCCUGUACCGAGCGGCGCUGGACCGCUGUGAAGAUUCAGAUGGCAGAGAAACACUGGAGCACCGCAUCAAGUACGCAGAGAAGGUCAAGGAAAAAGUACAGAAGCGGCAAGGAACUGGAAAACCCAGGAACAGGAAAGCUUGUAAAGACGAAAGGAUCACGCCCCUUCCUACGUCACGUCAAGCAGCACAGGAGGAUACUGACAGUACCUACCAAGGCCACCUACAGAAGGGCUGCAAAGCGCUGCAGACUGGGGACCUGGACACGGCAGAAUAUAACUUCGCAGCUGCGCUCAAGGAUGUUCAUGAUCCAAACUCAGAUGAACACAGGAAAGAGGCAGAGCUCCUGUACAAGCUUGGCGAUGUCUACUUGAAGAGAGGGAUCCAGUCAAGAGACGGGGGAGAUUUCACCAAGGCUGCAGCACUCUGUAAUGCAGCACUGGUCAGGGCAAGGGCAGAAGACAGGGAAGGUAUCACACAAACAAUCCUAGAAAUAACCCGAUUGUUCGUUAAAUAUGUGCUGAGUAGUGACAAGGCUGACAUCGGUGACGCACAGAAGCACAAACUCGUGUUGAAGAAACAUCGUGAUUAUGUAGAGGAAGAGAUCAAAAGAAUCGAACAGCUGGCAGAUCCUUACAGCCUUGAUGAUUCCGACCCCAGCUUGAGAAAAGUGGAGAAGAAGAGAACGAAGGCAGUCAAACGAUUGUGUCAAACAAUUAUUCACCAACGAAGAACGUUCAUAGCCGGCCUUGUAGAUGAAUGUAUGGAGGUAAUGGGCCCUCAUCCCUGUAAGUACGCCAUGAUAGGCCUGGGUUCACAAGCCACAGGAUUGGCAACUCCGUACUCUGAUCUGGAAUUCGCCAUUUUAGUAGAGGAGGAAACAGACGAUAAUGUCAGGUAUUUCCGCAAUCUCACUCAUUAUCUGCAUCUCAAAGUCAUCAACCUGGGAGAAACCAUUCUGCCGGCAAUGGGGAUCAAGUCACUAAAUGAUUUCUCCUCAGACGACCCCCUGGACGACUGGUUCUACGACUCUGUCACACCGCGCGGGUUUGCGUUUGAUGGAGCCAUGCCGCAUGCAUGUAAAACUCCACUGGGCAGGGGUACAGCUGGUGAACUUAUUCACACACCAAGCGAGAUGGCCAGAGUUCUGGCAGACGACCUCACGCUCCAUUUGAAGAAAGGCUACCAUCUCGCUAGUAUACUGGGGAAUGUGUGUUUGAUCACAGGAGAACAGGACUUGGUCAAUGCGUAUACCGACCUGUGGACUGAGUCAUUAGAAAUGACGCAGAGUGUCUAUGGUGAGAACACCGCACAUCGUGACAUAUGCGUGUCACUCAACGGUUUGGGUGUCACCUUAAUUGACUCUGGCGAUCCCGGAAAGGCUAUGAAAUACUUCGAACAGGCACUACAGAUGCAGCAGAGCAUUCAUGGCCAGGACACUAAACAUUCCGACAUUGCAGACUCACUUCAGCUCCUGGGUAUCGCCUGGAAGGAGCUAGGUGAUUACAUAAAGGCAAUCAGCUUUCAUGAACAGGUACUACAGAUGAGGCGGAGUAUCUACGGGGAGGAGACGGCACAUAGAAUCAUCCUGAUCGUUGUCAACAAUUAG